AAACAGCGUCAUGUGAUAGUUUUGCAACAUGUCAGCGGUGUUCAAUCUGCACGUGUCUGAAAGACGAAGUCCAGGAAAGUCAAAAAGAUGUGGCGGGUAUUAGGAGGAAACUGGCUUUUCAAGCAAAGAUCUUUGCAAGCAAUCCAAUGGAUAAAACUAUGUAGUGCGACGAGAGCUCCUCAGGAUGCGUUAUUCAAGAGUUCUACUCUCUUCAAUUUGCAUUUCCGGUGCAUGUCCGCAGAAUCUGAUGGAUAUGUUGGCAAGUGGAAAACUGUGUACGAAGGGCCGCUUUCCAGAUCAGUGAAACUUGUAAAGAUGCUUUCUCUAACCACAGCAGCAGCAACGUUUGUUGGUACUCCAUUACUGAUAUUCUUUGGUAAACAUGCAGCUUCUCUACCUGUGAAGGUCACUUUAGUGACGUUUUUGUGCUCGAUUGGAGGAGGUUCAACCCUUCUGCUUCACUUUCUCUCCUUGCCCUAUGUGCAUAAAAUGGAUUUUAAUCCAGAGGAAAAAGUGUUUGCAGUAGAGACUUUGUCUUUAUUCGCCUUAAGAAAAAGAACCGAGUUCUCAGUAGACGACAUUACUGUCUAUGUGGAGGACAAGGCUUUCUCUACUUUUGAAGCUCGUGGAGUAAAAUAUUUCAUUCACAAGGAGCUUGUAGAGGCUCAGCAAUUCUUGCACUUUAUCGAAGAGUGGAAGAAAGGAGAAGCGACAGAUUUUAAGAAGCCAUCGUGAAAGGUUCUGCGGUUUGUCAGUGUACCAAUCAUUUUUCUGUAAACCAGAGAAUGUAAGGAAGCUCGCGAUUAUCUUUCGCAAUGCCAAAUGAUGAGACGGUUGAUGUUUCCAGCAAUAAAUACAAAAUUCCCGAGUGUUUAGUUUCUUGCAGUCUUGGGUGCGCAAACACUGAAUAUUUAUGAGUUGGAAAAUCACAGUUUUGUUUCCAGAGCCCUCGUUGAUCAAUAGAAGCAGAGAUUCUAGUAACGAUGUGAAGUAUCGUACGUAAAAUAGGUUUACAUGUAAAAGGUGGCGUUAAUACUUGAGCUGAAGUCCCUAAUGGUCUAUUUUACUGCAUUGCUUUUUGAGUCGAAAACAUCUUCACCCUAAGGAAAUCCAUUAAAAUGACAACCCUAAAGAAAUAGAUGCGAAAUUGGCUAACCUGAUAUCAAUUAGAAAUGGGCUUACCCCUCAAGAAUUCCGUGUCAACAUUUCUAGAUUUCACAACCGAAAAAUUCGAGUUCUUUUUGCUCAUAUUUUCCCUUAAAAAUUCCUGUAUUUCUGACCCAAGACUUUUUUGCCCCUUCCCUGGAGAAUUCCCUUGUUCCUCAACAAGGGAGGGGUGGUAGUCUCCUUCGCAGCUGUUAUUAGGGUCGCCAUGUAACGUUGGAACGUUGCGUGACGACCCUAAUAACGGCUGCAAAGGAGACUGUGUGUGUGUGCUAAAUAAGUGUCCCUAUUCCUCCAGGUGCCCCUGUACUAAUAA